UAUUGGCAUAUGUUAUCCUCAAUGUCUACCAACUCUGCCCCAAAUGUCAAGUAUUAAAAGCCUCACAAGCUAGACACCUGAAUGACAACUGAGUUUCUUUCGACAUCUCUCUCGCGCAUUUUCACAAACACUUUCCGCGCUAUUUUCGUUUUCCACCAUGGCCGCUGCGAACUCGGUCCUCGACGACUGCGAACUCGCGAUGCCGUUGUGCCGGAGCCGGAAGCUGCGGAGCGCGAGAUGCAGAAACGGCGGCGCGGCGGUGAUGAUGCGGAGAGCGGAGCGGCGCCGCCGCGGCUCGCCGCGAAACGCAGUGGAGAGGAAGGUGAGGACGCUGAAGAAGCUGAUUCCGAACUGCGAGUCGAUGGGGGUGGAGCGGCUGUUCAGGGAGACGGCGGAGUAUAUCGUGGCGCUGCAGAGGAGAGUGAAGGUUAUGCAGACGGUGGUUGAUGCGUUGUCGUCGGCUUCGGAUGAUGAGUGAGAUUUUAUCGUUGUAGAAAGAAAAGAAAAGUGAUUAUAAUACCAUCUAAAUUCUUAUUUAUUUUAUUUAUUUAUUUAUUUGUGUGUUAUAUCAAUUCAUAUUAUUCUUUUCUUUUUUCUUUUUCUUUUUUUUUUUCGGGUAGAAGGUGGAUGUAGGAGAGGUGUUUGAUUAGCGACAUGAGUUCAUGUUGCCUGUAUUUUUUAAGUGGCAACUUAGGUUGUGUUAUCUGUGUGAAAAAGAAAAGAAAAAAUGACUUCCAAGAGAUUUUUUAAUAUUAAUUGCUAUAUAUUAAUAUUUCGUGAUAA